UCAUACUUGGCUAUCACGGAAGCAGACGAGCUGAUAGCGAGCGCGUCCUUCUUUCCCCUAACCACUUCGGCGCAUGCGGCACCCUCUCGCACGAUGCUAUAAAAGAGCACCUAAUAAAGCGACAAGCGGUUUUUUUCUGAUGCCCAUCCACUGUGUGUGUCGUCUUACUCAGGCGCCAACGAUACAUGGUGUCAGAAGUGCCGGCAGCCGCGCGGCAGGAAGCAAGCCAUGGACGCCUUAAAACUACCCUGCCCACUACAGUUGACCGGCAACGUCAGAAGGAACUGGGAACUCUUCAAGCAAAGACUGGACCUUUUCCUGACGGCUACCUCGACAGACCAUCCCAAGACAGAAGCGGUCAAGGCGGCCAUCCUCCUGAGCGCCGCGGGUGACGAAGCGCUUGAGGUCUAUAACAACUUCACAUUCGCCGAAGGUGAGCUCAAGGAUGACUACGAGACACUAUUGCGGAAGUUUGACGCAUACUGUAUUGAGCAAGGGAACGAGGUUUACGAACGUCAUGUUUUCCGUAUGCGACUUCAAGAUGAGGGAGAGCAAUUCGAGCGGUUUGCACGUGAUCUGAGAACGCAAGCCAAACUUUGCAAUUUCGGGACCCUUGAAGAGUCGCUAAUUAGGGACCAGAUUGUGUUCGGGACUAAUAACAAGACUGUCCGAGAGAAAAUGUUGCGGGACAAAACCUUGACUCUACAAAAAGCCGAAAACAUGUGCAAAGCUGCUGAAGCGGCGGCACAACAAAAUGCUGCAUGGGCCACCGAGCGCAUGCAAGUGGACUACUCUCGCCGAUAUGAACACGGCAAAGAACAGAAAGGCCGGUGCAAGCACUGUGGUCGGGUGCACGCGCCAUGGCAAUGCCCAGCCUACGGAAAAACCUGCUACGCAUGUAAAAAGAAGAAUCACUUUUCAUCGUGCUGCAAGAACCCGCAAGUUCACAGCAUUCAUGAAGAUCAUGAAGAUAGCUUUGAUGUUCUUGACGUCAGCAUCUGUGGCAUAAGCACAAAACCAGGAAAAGACUGGAUAGUGCGUGGCAGGGUCUCUGGUCACGAGAUAGAACUGAAAGUCGAUACGGGUUCCCAGGCCAACUUAAUUCCGCUUAGUAUCUUUCAGCGCAUCUCGAAAGUGAACGCGUUGCGCCAGAGCGCAGCAGUGCUGACUGCCUACAACGGUUCCGAGAUCAAGCAUCUCGGUGUUGCCACUAAAGCACUAGAGAUGAACGGUACAACGAGAGAUACUGCCUUCUUUAUCGUCAAGAAAGGACGCCAAGCAAUCAUUGGCCUAAGCACAUGCAUCGAGUUCGGCAUUGUCCCAGCAAAUAUCGACUCAGUCAAGCGAAGUGGUGAAGCAGGGAUAGAAACAGAAUUUGCGCAUCUGUUUCGCGGAACGGGCUGCGUGCAAAGAAAGUACAAGAUGGUUCUGCGACCAGACGCGGUUCCAGUCGUACAACCUGCUCGGAAAGUACCUUUGGCACUGAAGCAACCAUUGCGUGACGAGCUGGCACGAAUGGAGAAAGCGUCCAUCAUCGUAAAAGUUGAAGAACCUACUGAAUGGUUCGUUCCUGGAAAGGACCUGCUCCUGGCCGACAUGCUCUCCCGUGCGCCUACCCUUUCACCAAACCCGGAAGCAACAGAGGACAUCGAGGUUCAUGCAGUUCUUGUCGUCUCGUGCAUGGUAACCCCAUCGACAAAACGUCGCCUUCAGGACGAGACCCUAUCGGAUCCCUAUCUGAGUACUGUAAUGGAUAAACUGUCGCGUGGAAUAGCGGUUGAAGGGGAAUUACGUCCGUUUACGGCUGAGCUAUCCGUCAUUGACGGGAUACUGCUUAAAGGAAGCAAAAUUGUCAUACCCAAGUCCAUGAGAAGCGAAAUGCUAACAAAGGUGCACGCAGGUCAUCUGGGAAUGAAUAAGUGCAAGGCAAGAGCGCGCGCACUCACUUUUUGGCCCGGGCUAGACAGUAGCAUUGAAUCAAUGAUUCGUUCAUGCAACGCAUGCCAAAAAUAUGCGUACAAGCAGCAGUCUGAGCCCCUCAUUUUGCGCUCGACACCCAGUAUGCCGUGGUACCGAGUAGGUAUCGACAUAUUUCAUUUUGCCGGGGAAGAGCACAUGGUAGUGUUCGAUGCGCACUCCAAUUUUCCUGAAGUGGAAAAAUUGUCUACAAUGACGGCCCGUGAGGUGGUACAAAAAACAUCCGCGAUAUUCGCGCGCUACGGUAUCCCUGUGCAAGUAUUAACAGAUAAUGGGCCUCAAUUUGCAUCCAAAGAGUUUGCUGAAUUCGCAAGGCGAUAUGAUUUUGAGCACAUUACAUCAAGCCCGCGAUUUCCGAGAUCAAAUGGACUUGCUGAAAAGGGAGUACAGAUAGUUAAGCGCAUCAUGAAAAAGACCACUGAAUCGUGCGACGAUUUUUGGUUAGGACUCUUGUCUUAUCGUGUGUCUGUUCUAGAGGAUGGCCAUUCACCUGCCAAACUGUUGCAAGGACGACGCCUACGCACAAACGUUCCGGAAUACAGCACUGAGCUGGGUUGCCCAAUACACAAGCAUCAACAGCAGGCCAAGGGCAAAACGUUGCACCCUUUGCACCAAAGAGACACGGUGCGAAUACUGGACGACAACUGGUCACAUAAGGCAAGAGUGCUUCAAGAAGUGGCUCCCCGGUCCCAUAUCGUGGAGACAGAGCAUGGAAGGGUUCUAAGGCGGAACAGACAACACUUGCUUCAAACGCAGGAAAAAUACCACAGGAUAGACGAAGAUGACGACAACAGCAACGCUGAAAAUGGUAGCCUACAAAACGAAAGACGGGAGCUUCCAGAACAAGGCCAAAGUGCACACGGGUUCAUUGGUCAUCCGCAAGCCAAUAGACAGGUCUUCCCCAAAGUGGAGGCAUCGGAAGCAGAGCCCCGCAGGUCGACCCGUCAGCGCAACAAGCCCCAACGGCUGCAAUACGAAGCUAAUUUUCGUCAAGUCUCCUAGCUAUUCUUUCUUACUUUGUGGUCAUAAAGUUCUUCCUUUCUUUUUUUUUUUGCUUUUCUCGUUAAGGGAAAGGAGAUGUAUCAUACUUGGCUAUCACGGAAGCAGACGAGCUGAUAGCGAGCGCGUCCUUCUUUCCCCUAACCACUUCGGCGCAUGCGGCACCCUCUCGCACGAUGCUAUAAAAGAGCACCUAAUAAAGCGACAAGCGGUUUUUUUUCUGAUGCCCAUCCACUGUGUGUGUCGUCUUACUCAGGCGCCAACG